AUGGAGCAUGAUGGGUCUGGGGCCCCACCAAGCCAGCUGGGCCACGCCAGAGGCACAGUGAGCGCGCUUGUCACUUCGCUACAAUACCAAGUGAAGGCAAAGAAAACCAGUGACUCCCAGAAGGAUGACGCACAGAAGGAGUACGAAGCGGGCACCAUUGAGGAGAAGAAGUUGAUUCUGGACAAACUGCAAGAAUUCGGAGUGAAGAAUUGCAGCUGGGUCCACAGCCUGGAGUCCCUGACAUCUAACAUUAAGGACGAGACUGAGUCCUUGGUCACCAACUUCUUCACCAGGCAAGGGAUCUUCGAAAUCGAGCAUAUUGACACAGCCGGCCUGUCAGAAAAUGACAAGGAUGAGAUUUUGGAGGAGAUCCUCUCCAAAUCUGAGAAGAACUUUGGCCACUCGAGGCAGGUGCAAGACCACUCAAAGUUCAAGCAGUUGCACAAGUACCUUUUUGUUUACACCAAGGGCAAGAAGAACACUGAGGGCACAAGGACAAGCAGCAGCAUGUCAAGCACUGCUGCGGGCAUGAAGGGCAAGGCAAGCCAAAAGAUGGCUUUGGACUUGCUGGGCCGACCAGAGUUGGCCAGUUCUUCUGCAGCUGAGCAUGGCAUGUCUGCGUCUUUGUCUGAGGCCAAGUCUGAGUCAAAGAGCCUGCAAGCUGCGAGGGUUCGCCUCAGCAAGCUGUUGGAGGACUUAAAGCUCCUGACAGCAGAGAUCGCUGGCCUGAAGGAUAACAGCUGGGGCAAAAAGCUAGGAGAGUUGGAGAACGCUGACCAGCAGUUGUCUGGCUUUUUGUCAGAGGUGAGGACGCAGCUGGCCGUUCCCUUUCCAACCGACAAGCAGCAGGAGGUGCCAGAUCUGCUUGCCCAGCUGAAGGAAUUGAAUGAGAAGGCAAGCAUGCACGAGAAAGCAGUGAAGCUGAUCUACAAAACAAGCAAGAGUUUGCUCUCCUCAAAAAGAUAUAGUACAGGAGCCACGCCUGUGGAUUUUGUUUGCAGGCUUGUCCUAGAGAUGGACGAAAAAGCAGCAGAUCGAGUCAUUGAGAUGCUUCGCGCAUGUGUCUGCAUGUCUCUUAUAUUUUCUUGGCCGGUUGGCUCAAGCUGUAGUUUGAAGUUGGCCCACAAUCACUGCAGUCACAGUUCAAAAUAA